AUGGUCGCCUCAAGCGAAAACGUUUGCGGCGUCUUUGAGCAGUAUGCGAAGUGCCUGUUUCUCGUGACAAUCGCUGGAAUGAUCUAUGGGCAUGACGGAUUCGAUUUUGACGGCCGGAAUGACAACGGCCGCCGCACUGACGGUGUAAAUGUCCUCGAUGUCGAUCGAAAGAGACGCCACGGUCACGAUCUGUGGCCUAUGUUCAAAGCCGAUGGUGAGCUCAAACGCUCUAAGGCAACACCUUCGAUGUGUCAGGAAGUCGAGUUCUAG